CUAGUUGGAUGUCCUUCAAGGCUCAAGGCUGAUGGCGAAAGUAUUCAGAGGAUCUGUCCUACUUGUCAUGAUCCGGCUGUGUCUUCUGCAACCGCAGAGCGAUGGGUCAUGUGCUUCUUCAUACCGACUAUUUCCCUGCGCUCUGAGCGCUAUUGGGUGUGUUCAACCUGUGAGUGGAGGGCACCAAUUGUCCCCGGAGGGUGCGUAUACUAG